CUAUAUUUACAGAUCUCUUCGCUGAAGAGCUACACAAGGACCUAAAGGAGCGCAUAGCUGUGCAAUCUUGGAUGAAUGGUCGUGGAAAGCCGCAUGAGUCGUCCCACGAUGUGUCCCACAUCGCUUUCACGAAACUGAAGUUUGCCGAAAACCAUAGCGUCACGCUGAGAACCACCGUGGACCACAGCAAGUGGGCAUUCACCGUAGCAAACGACAUCUUUUGCUUCGCCUCUACGAAUCAUAAGCCAUCCCAAGAAAACCGUGGCGGAGAAGCCCUGUGCUUCAACAACCCUGUGGUGAAGGCUCUCUUCUGCAGCGCCGCAGCGGAGGCUCUCUCCGAACAGAGCGUCACCUGCAGCUCCAAAAGGCCGCGUUCCCAAUCCAAAAGAGGGCACGCAUAGCGUUCCUAAGCCAACUUUCGCUGAGGUUGCGACCUCGUGCU